AUGGUUUCGACCAAAAGUCCCUUCUGUAGCCCAGCUCAAGUCAACUUCAGUCCAGAAACUGGAGGAAUAUUCCAAACUAAGAUGAAAGUCAUCAUAGCACAGUUGACCGACAUGAAUGUGGCACAGCUAGACUCAAUGCUUCAAUUGGUUCAAGACCAUACAGGCUGGCCCCACCCGCAUUCAGGUUGGUCAUUUGGAGACGUUUUUGCGAUUUUGAACAGCAUCUGUCCAGGAGAUGGAGUUGAGCAAGUACUGGACAGACUACUGCAUCGUUACAGUAGUCAUGAUGGAUUCAAAUGGAUCUUGUCGUGGUUAAUCGUGGCCGCGCGGCCAUUGACUCUGAGGGAAUUGGCCGGUUUACUAUGCUCGUACUAUGCCGAAGGCACCGAUCUGCAAGGUACAACAGAACUUGAUGCCAUGGCCCUGGAAACUGCUCAAUGGCAGUUGAAGGCUUGGCUGCGUGGUUUCAUUGAUUUAGAUCAGGAGCAAGUCACAUGCCGCAGCGACAUUCGCGAUAUAAUCUUGAACAGUACCUCAAGUCAAGUGCAGUUCCUUUGGCAACAGCUGCGACGUCCGGCCUAUCAGAACAUAGCUGAAUUCUGCAUUCGCCAGCUUCAAUGCCCUGAUACACUCAGGAGGCUACAGAAGCUUGAUGAGGAAUAUCAGAAUGUCCCUGGAUCUGAGGGGCAAGAAAGGCAGAUCGUCGCCCCACUGACCUCAGACGGAGUCGACGUUGUCUUCUACUUCAUCCAGUUCCUCCCAUUCCAUUUGACUCAGUGUCCAUCAGGGUAUGCCAGUGAGACAAUUGAAACUUUGUUGGAUGAAUCCACUUCUGGAUCCGAGCCCUCGAGGUUAUGGGCUAGGCUUUAUUGGGCCAUGACCAAUCCGUUCUUGCGACCACCCGGUAUCCUGGAUGCCAAUUCAGCAUUUCCAACAUUCUUUGGUCUUGAACUAUUUCCCUUCUCAAAAAUUUCCCCAAACAGUGAUUUGAGUUCUCUCUCACUGUUAGUGGCAGCCUUUAGUAAUCGUGGAGCAAGAGCAUCAGAGUUGUUGCAGUCUCAAUCUUUCUCGCACGGAACACUUCAAGAUGCCCUUGUAGGUUCUGUGAGUACAGGGGACGAGACAAGCGCUAUUAGGUUGGCUGAGUGCAUUCUUAAGUCCACUUCCGGGUCUGAAAGUGCCUCUGUCUUCCCGCCCUCGUUGUUAUGGGCCACUGCUUGGCUGGACCUAGCCUCAGUCGCUACGACAUUGUUGCAAAAUGGCUGCACCCCAGACCCGGUCUGGGAAUUUGCAGAUGUCACUCAGAAUCUUACGCCAUCGCCACUAUAUUUGGCUGCCGCUCUGAAGCAUUCAUCCAUGGUCAAGGUGUUACUUGAUCACGGUGCGAGGAUGGACGUGGUAAGGCAAGGGAAACCGCUCACCCCGGUUAAUUUUGUCGUCCUUCAUCAGAAACUCUGGAGCGAGUUUUGCGAGCAUGACAGCUCUUGUCUGCGUCAGGAAAUGCAGCUGGGUCCAUUUCAUGGAGCGGCCACUUGGGGGAGUUGGUGGUCGAUCCCCAGAUUGUUGGAGCAAGACAAUAAUACCGAUCUCAACGCGGUCCUAACGCACUCGGACUACGCCUCGGACAUGACCCCGUUGGUGAGCGCUUGCUGGUCGUCCUAUCCACGAACUGUGGAAGCACUGUUGCAGGCCGGCGCAGAUCCUAAUCUGCGUGCUUCCUGGAGCCCGUUGUGGCUGAACGCGGUCUGGCACCCCAAUGCAGAAUUGGUCAAGUGUCUCUUGCGUUAUAAUGCGGAUCCUAAUCACGAACAGCUUGGGACUCCACUUCUCUGGGAGCUUGUGUGGUCACAACUGAAGGAUCAUGACAUUCUGAGAAUGGAAAACUUACUCCUUGAUAACGAUCCACCCGUCGAUAUUGAUGCCAAAACCUCCUGGGCCGGUCAGACGGCGCUGAUGGGAGCUUGUGGCGUUGGUCGUCUCUCUUUGGUGACCUGGCUCUUGAGCCGAAAUGCCAAUAUCAGCAUUCUGGACAAUGACGAAGAGAGUGCUCUACAUUAUGCUGUUCGUGCCGGACAUUUCGACGUUGCCCAGGAGCUGAUCAUAAGGCAUCCAGACCUUGUCACCACCGAGCAAGCGGCGCAGCCCCUUUUGAUAUGGGCUCGCGGGUUGCCCAAGAUGACGCUGAUUAAUGCGGCGACAGUAGAUGGUCUUGAAGAGGUCAUGGAGAUUCUAAUGGAGCGGAAGGUCGAUCUACACCAUCGCGACAAGCGGGGAGCGACCCCGAUAUGCGAUGCCAUUGACUACAGCAGGAAUGCACGCAUUCUACGCCUAUUGAUCGACAACGGUGCUAAUCUUCAAGACACCGUGGAGGAGAGUGGUAGUAGCCUUCUGCACCUUGGCGUCAAUUCGACUCCCGAAGUUUUGCGAAUCCUGCUAGAGUAUACCAAAGAAUUGGACCUGAACCGGAAGAACAAUCUCGGACGGACCCCCCUUUUGGCCGCAAGCACAAAGGCCGACAUUGAGUGUCUGAGAUUGUUGGUCAAUGCAGGAGCAGAUAUCAAUAUUGUUGACGAACGAGGGGAGACUGCUUUGCAUAACACCAUUCAUUGGAACCUGCCCGACCUUCGUGAUUUGCUGCUAGCACAGCGAGAUGUCGAGGUCAAUAUCUCUUCUCCGUACACUGGAUCCCCCCUUCACUUAGCUUGUAGAAAGGGCCAACUUGAAAGCGUCACAUUGUUGCUCGAUCUCGGUGCUGAUAUAUAUCAGCUAAAUACUGCGACAAUGUACUGCUCCCCGUUAGUGGCAGCACUGCUUCAAGAGAGAUCCGAGAACGAGAGCGACGAUGAUAUAUCCUCACAGUUACAGAUAGUCCGCCUGCUCAUCAACCACGGGGCCGAUGUGCACCAGAUUGGGCGGGGGGCGUUCUACAGUCCGCUGGCGGCAGCGUGCUUUGGCGCCACUUCCACUGCCAUAGAUCUCCUCCUUGACGAGGGUGCCUCGCCCGAGAAUCCCGACCCGAUUUCUGGCCGACUACCGCUCCACUUUGCCGCUGGAAGCGGUAUCGACAAUUUCCAGGUUAUUCUACACGCCACACGCACGGACGUGACUGUGAGUGAUAGAUUCGGCAAGAACGCCCUACACUGGGCAGCGCAGUACGGUCACGUCCGCACUGUGUAUCAUAUUCUCAACCUACUGAGCACUCCGUUGCAACAUACCCAGGCACUAGCGCAGGCGGAUUGUGACGGCUGGACACCCUUAUGCUGGGCCGUCCGCCCUAUCACGACCGGCGUCUGCGACCUGGCUCACUGCGAACCGCGAAACUACCCGGAAACUGUCCGGUUGCUACUGCAAUACGGGGCAGAUCGGAGUGUCCUGGCUCGCUGGGGCGAUAUGACCCUUACUCCAUUGGAGAUGGCCCAGCGUUUUGACGCCGAUAUGGCAGUCAUUGAACUUCUUCAGCCAGACUCGGAAGACACAGACCUCCCACAGGAACCGAGGCAAAGCCCUUUACGAAAGUUCAAAUCUGGCACCGAAAUCUGUGAUAUCUGCCUUGGGCCUAUGUUUGGCCACGCAUACCGGUGCAGCUCCUGUCCGGACUUUUACGUCUGCACCAAAUGUUAUCCUAUCGCUAGCAACUUCCACCCCCGCGAGUUUCCGAACGACACACGAGAACACAUUAUCUCUCUCGGCCCGGAUAGUAAAGAGUUUGAAGACCCAGAAGAGCAGGCACCCGAUCUACCAGAUGUCGAUCUCACCGCUAGUGUGGAUGCCGUGGUGGCUCAAGCUUCUGUCAACGAGGGUACCCUGGAUAUUGUUGGGGAUGCUGACGACGACUUACAGGAAAUGGCAUUGGGAAGUGAUGGCUCUUUCUAG